AUGUCUGAGACACCAGAAACAAAGAACAACAGAUUCCAGGUAGACUGGAGAAAAGGGCCAAGUUCAGAAAUAGGUGAAAGUGGAGAUCCCAAAGCCUUUCUAAUAGAAGUUUCUUGGCCGGAAACGUAUCCACAAACAGCACCAGUCAUAUCGAUGGAUGCUUUCUUCAACAACACGAUAUCUUCAGCUAUUAAACAAAGUAUAUUGGAUAAGUUAAUGGUAGAAGUUGAAGCAAAUCUUGGAACUGCUAUGACAUACACACUUUUUGAAUAUGCCAAAGAUAAUAAAGAGGUGUUAAUGGAAAAUCAGCCAGUUAACACUGUGACUUCAGUAAGCAAUAGUAUUGCAAUUGGAACUCCUGAUGUGCCAGCAAGUAAGAAAAAAGAUAAAAAGGAGCAGUUAUCCAAAACCCAGAAACGAAAACUAGCCGACAAAACAGAUAACAAAGGGGAGCUUCCACGAGGAUGGAACUGGGUGGACGUAAUUAAGCAUUUAAGCAAAACUGGUUCUAAAGAUGAUGAAUAAAGGACUUUGGUACAAGGAAACUCGACCUUUUAAUACAGUGCAAUUUUGGGUCACCAUCUUUCUCUUAAUAACUUUCAUAUUUGUUGAAGUAAACAUUUUAUAAAGCUCAAUUUCCUAACUCGUAAACCUAAUCACACAAGUUUAUCUAGAGACUAUGUGGUCUUCUCUGGUAAAAAAAACAAAACAAAACAAACUUGCCUUAAAUGAAGGUUAGAAUGUGACAAAGGAUAUAGAGAGCCAAUGUGGUGAAGUGAAUAGUGCUAUAUGCAGUGUUUAUUAAUUUAUAUUUUACUCUGUAGUAAAAUCCUGUUAUAGUGAGCCCAGUGAUACUGUAAACGUUUCCUGAUGUUCUUACUCCACCCGAAGAUAAAGCACUAUAACAGCGAUUGGUCACUUGACAGCAUAAUUCAUCAAAAUAAAUUAUUCCGUGGAAACAAGACCUUUGUCAUUUGUUUAUCUAAUAUGAAAGUAGAAGGAGCACAUAAAAAUUGUUACAUUGCAAUACAGACUAGAGCUUGUGGUCCCAUUUUCACUAAUUACUGGCUGAAAUAGUAAAUAGUAGUGAAAGCAAGGCCAAGCAUUCUAGUUGGCUCAAAAAUGAGUGGUUAUAGCAGGAGUAUGUCUGCUUUAUUCUCUGCCUACCCAUCUGUUAGUCUUUCUCCCGUGUGCAUCUUUAC